GCAGAUGUAAUUCUUCGUACCUGCUGAUGUAAAUCCAAGGAAGCAAAGAGCCACAGUCACGCGGAUUUAAAUCUCGUUGCAGGCAGUGGCUGUGGGCUCCGGGACGGCUCUUGAUGUCUCUUCACAGAACUGGAGUGUAGCAUCUCACCUCUGUGGACAGCAUUUCUGGACCUGCCGACACCUGUGGCACUCAGCCUUGACUAGUGCAAUGUCAGGCCAUCACACUCCCUCUGCUGGGGGUCCCUUCUCAGCACUCACACCCAGCAUUUGGCCUCAGGAGAUCCUGGCAAAAUACACACAGAAAGAAGAAUCCGUCGAGCAGCCGGAGUUCCGUUAUGAUGAAUUCGGUUUCCGAGUUGACAAGGAAGAUGGUGCUGAGCCAAACUCCAGCAAGCUUCUGGGGGUCCCACUGACAGAGGAGCCACAGCAGAGGCUUAAGUGGCAGGCUCAUCUGGAAUUCACACACAACCAUGAUGUGGGUGACCUCACCUGGGACAAAAUUGAGGUCACCCUGCCACAUUCAGACAAGCUGCGCUCCCUGGUGCUCGCCGGCAUCCCACAUAGCAUGAGGCCACAGCUGUGGAUGCGCCUUUCAGGGGCUUUGCAGAAGAAGAGGAACUCAGAGAUGUCGUAUCGAGAUAUCGUGAAAAACAGCUCUAACGAUGAAACCAUUGCUGCCAAACAGAUUGAAAAGGACUUGCUACGCACAAUGCCCAGCAACGCCUGCUUCUCCAACAUGAACAGCAUCGGGGUGCCACGGCUGCGCAGGAUACUACGAGGACUUGCCUGGCUCUACCCAGACAUUGGAUAUUGUCAGGGCACUGGCAUGGUGGCUGCCUCUCUGCUGCUCUUCUUGGAGGAGGAAGAUGCCUUCUGGAUGAUGUGUGCUAUCAUUGAGGAAUUGGUUCCUGCCUCCUACUUCAGCACCACCCUCAUGGGUGUGCAGACAGACCAACGUGUCCUGCGGCAGCUAAUCGUGCAGUACCUGCCCCGCCUGGACAAGCUGCUACAGGAGCACGACAUUGAGCUCUCCCUGAUCACCUUGCACUGGUUCCUCACCUCUUUUGCUAGUGUUGUCCACAUCAAGCUGCUGCUGCGUAUUUGGGACCUCUUCUUCUACGAGGGCUCUCUGGUGCUGUUCCAAGUCACUUUGGGCAUGCUAAGUAUGAAGGAGGAUGAGCUGAUCCAGUCCGAGAACUCUGCCUCGAUCUUCAACACGCUGUCAGACAUCCCGAGCCAGAUCGAAGAUGCGGAUGUGCUGCUGCGAGAGGCCAUGCGCGUGGCUGGCUCGCUGACCGAUGUGGCCGUGGAGACGCAGCGCCGCAAACACCUGGCCUACCUCAUUGCUGAGCAGGGGCAGCUGCUCAACUCCAGCACCACUGUCAACAACCUGUCCAAAAUUGUGAGACGCAGGACUCAGCGCAGGAAAUCCGGCAUCACCUCUCUGCUUUUUGGGGAUGAUGAUCUGGAGGCACUGAAAGCCAAGAACAUCAAGCAGACAGAGCUGGUGGCUGACCUGCGUGAGGCCAUUCUCCAGGUGGCACGACACUUCCAGUGUGUGGAUCCCAAGAACUGCAUAAUUGAUCUGACCCCAGACUACAGCAUGGAGAGCCACCAGCGGGACCACGAGAACUACGUGGCCUGUUCCCGCAACCGGCGCCGCCGAGCCAAGGCACUGCUGGAUUUUGAGCGCCAUGACGACGACGAGCUGGGCUUCCGCAAGAACGACAUCAUCACGAUCAUUUCCCAGAAGGAUGAACACUGUUGGGUGGGAGAGCUGAAUGGACUGAGAGGUUGGUUUCCUGCAAAAUUUGUGGAGAUCUUGGAUGAGCGGAGUAAAGAGUACUCCAUUGCUGGAGAUGACUCUGUCACAGAGGGAGUGACAGACUUGGUGCGCGGCACACUCUGUCCAGCCUUGAAGUCCAUAUUUGAACAUGGAUUGAAGAAGCCAUCUCUGCUGGGGGGUGCCUGCCACCCUUGGCUGUUCAUUGAAGAGGCUGCAAGCCGGGAAGUGGAACGGGACUUUGACUCCGUGUAUUCUCGCCUUGUGCUCUGCAAGACUUACAGGCUUGAUGAAGAUGGCAAAGUCCUCACUCCAGAGGAGCUGCUUUACCGGGCGGUUCAGGCUGUGAACAUGACACACGAUGCUGCACAUGCACAGAUGGAUGUGAAGCUUCGUUCUCUGAUCUGUGUUGGACUCAACGAGCAGGUGCUGCAUUUGUGGCUGGAGGUGCUGUGCUCAAGCCUGCAGACUGUGGAGAAGUGGUUCCAUCCCUGGUCAUUCCUGCGCAGCCCUGGCUGGGUGCAGAUCAAAUGUGAGCUGAGAGUCCUCGGCAAAUUUGCUUUCAGCCUCUCUCAGGACUGGGAGCUGCCAAUAAAGAGGGAGGAGAAGGAGAAGAAGCCACUGAAGGAAGGGGUGCAGGACAUGCUUGUGAAGCACCAUCUCUUCAGCUGGGACAUAGAUGGGUGACCCCCACCCCGCCCCAUCCUGGGGACCUUCUCGAUGGCCACACUCAUCUCUUCCACCCCCUCAUGUCUCACACCCUGCCCUUCCCCACCCCACCCACUUGUAUCUGUGACAAAAUCCCCCCGGGGGCUGCCAAACCUCCUGGGACAGAUGGAGCAGUGCCAGGAGGCUGAGCUGCAGACCCGAGGGGGCUGAUGGUUGAGGGUGAUGCUGCAAAGGGACAAGUGUGUUCUGGCUACUAAAAGCAAGUGCCCCUUUCCAGCUUUCCACAUGUCUGCCACCCCUAUCUCCUGCUUUCGUCAGCCCUGUCUCCCCAUCAGUGCCCAGGGGAGCAGCCUGGCUGGAGCCAUUGUGCCCUGCCCCAUGGGCCAGCAGUCACGUGUGGGGAUGUGAGUGUGUCUGUGGCUGGAGCUGUGGGAGAGAGAUGGCCCUUUUGGGAUGGCUUUGAUCCAUGAGAGCUGGUGCCAUGUGGAAUUGGGCUGGUGAGAGUCUCACUGUCGUACAGCAGCAGGGAGAGCACAUCCCCUCCCCAUGGCAGCCAAGGGCUCCUCUGUGCUGGGGGACACAGCAGAGUUCCUUUGACUUGGAGCUAAGAAGGGGGAACUGGCAUCAGUUUCAUUCCACCUCCCUGGCACUGGUGUGGGGUGUUGACAGGAGUUGCCCAAAUUUACCAGCCUGUUACCACUGUAACAGCCUUAGGGGAUGGUCAUUGUCUACUCUGGGAGCAGACAAAAACCACCUCUCCUCCAAACAAGAGUGUUUCAUGCUGUCGAUUUUUACUGUUAACCAAAAAGCUGUAAAUUUCCUCCAGGAACAUGUAUAUUUUGGCAACGUUGUAGCUCAGGACAAGGUUUAGGUUGGAGCUGGCUCAGGGAGACCUACUCGUCCUCCUCGCCCUGCAAUGGCAUCGGGGACGUGGGUCAGGAGUGGAGAAUUGCUGCUUUGUGGUGGUGGCUCUGGAUAUGGAGUCUGUGACUUUCUACUGAAAGCGCUUGUCUGUGAGCACAAACUACUGAUGGGAUGACACUAGAUUCUUACUUUCCUUUAUUUGGUGGGUUUGUAAAUAAAAACUGCGUCUUGGGGGAGUGCUGGGCUUUGUGGGUUUUUUUUGACAGGGUCAGGACUUGGUUUAAUUUUUCUUUUCUGCCAUUUGACAAUGGUGAUCCCAUUUCUGUGCUGGCACUGAGGGAGCUCCUUGCAUUGGAGCAGCCCACAAGGUCAGGCAGCAGCCAGGGCAGAGCCAGUUGUGCUGCCAGCAGUGGCAGCCCUGCCUCACCUCUGUGCCACCAGCCCUAAGAGCAGGUCCACAACAGAGCCUCAGAAAAGGCAGAAAUACUGAAACUACGGGUUGCAGGGACACUGCAGAGGGAGGACCCUUAGGAAAGGCAGAGGGGCUAGCAGAAAGCAGGGCUGCGUGGUGGGGACAGCAGUGUUGUCUAUACAAGAAGCAUCUCUGGACAAAGCACAGGUGUAGGCUGAGCUGCAAAGUGGGACAGUAACAGGGCACAGGCCCUUGGGACAACUGUGUUUAGAAGUCCAAGCUUGUGGGAGGGUGGAAGUUGCAGCAUAUAUUCUGAUUUGAAAGUGAGUGUCUUCAGUGAAGGUAAUUCCUUUGGAAUGUGGCUGCAGAAGGGGCAGUGUCACCUCACCACCACCUGCAGUCCAGACCAGCCUGCUGGACUGGGGGAGACAAAUAGCUGUCCCUGGUAAAACCUGCCUCUGGUUGCAGGAUAGGUAAUUUCCAUACACUGAGGGAAUCUCUCUGCAGCUGAGAAGGAUGAGCCACCACCACUGAAGCUGCUUUUUUUCAGGUUUGAGAAAGACACAGAGGGAUCACCCACCCUUAGCUGAAAAAGGCAGAAUGGCCCCAAGCCCUCCCACCAGCACAGCAGAGAAGUUCUUGAGAACAUGGCUGUUUGGAAUUUUUUUAAUAAAAUGGAUUUUUUUUCUUCAAAUAUUUGUAACUGAAAAAAUAAUUCAAUUUAAAGAUCCAUUCUCUCCCCCA